AUGUCUGAGCGGGCUCCGUGGCCCGCCGGUUCCUCCCGCGGGAGCAACAACAGCGGUGGCAGAAGAGGCUCCUCCCUGGAAACAGCGACUAAGGGGUUGGCUUCGGGAAGGGGCCUCGCGGAAGGGAGGGGGGGGGCGGAUGGCGACGACGACAACGAUAACGAGCACCAGGAGUUCAUGAGAGAGCUCGCGUCGCACAACGGGCUGCAGCUGCGGUGCUCCCAGGGAGAGGACGAGAGGGCCAGACAUCGCCGAGAAGUGGACCGUCGGAUACAGAUCCAGGAGGACUGCGUUCGGCGGCCGAGCGUGGGGCAGUCGAAGGUCCUCCUCAAGGCGAAGAUCCUGGGGAGCAUCGGCGGCGGGCCGUUCGAGCUCCUCCGUGCGUUUCGGAAGAUGACCUGCGGCGGGGGCACGGUCAUCGAUUUCAAGGGCUUCCGAGAAGGGGUGAAAAAGCUUAGCCUUGGCCUGACGGAGCCCGAGAUCCUGGACUUUUUCCGAUCCUUCGACGCCGAUGGCAGUGGGGGCAUCGACUUCUCAGAGUUCUGCGAGUGGAUGGAGGCCACCGACGACAGCGCCGACGAACCGGGAGGGGGCGAUGAGGAAGAUGAUGACAACGGCGGCGGGGGUGGCGGGGGCGGGGGUGGGACAAGCAAGGGAAGGGAAGGGGGCUUUCGCCCUUCCAGCGGGGGCAGCGACAAGAGCGUCAGCAAGCGCAAGAUGCGAGACGCGCAGGCUAAGGUGAAGGCGGCGUCCGAGAGGGUCCCCGAGCGCACCAUGGCGGAGAACGAGCAACUCCUCCGCCAGAAAAUUCUGGGAAGCAUCGGCGGCGGGCCGUUCCAGCUGCUCCGGGCGUUCCGGAAGAUGCACCGCGGGAGGGGAACGGUGGUGGAUCUGAACGACUUUCGCGAGGCGGUGAAGACCUUCAGCCUGGGGCUCGGCGAGCCGGAGGUCGAGGCGUUCUUCAAGGGAUUCGAUGCCGACGGUAGCGGCGGGAUCGACUUCGAGGAGUUCUGCGCUUGGGUAGGCGGUACCGACGCUGCAGGGGCAGCAGAUGGCUUUCUCCUUCCCGACAGCAAAACCACCAAAUCCUCACCUGGGUUUAUUCCUGGGGUGGCCGGAGAGGGGGGAUGGGACGACGAUACGACGAAGACCCCCGCCAUGAGGGCGCAGGAGCGGGUGACUCGGGCGUUCCGCGAACAGGCCGGCGGGGUGGAGCUGGGCGAUUUCAAAGAGGCCGUCCAUCGCUACGGGAUGGGAGUAACUGACGCACAGGUAGAAAAGCUGUUCCGGCGCUAUGAUAAGGAUGGCAGUGGGGACAUCGACUUCCACGAGUUCCUCAAGCUCAUCAUGUACGCCGAAGACCUCGCUCCCCAGGAGCCCCUCGAGACGCCGGUCGGCCUUGGUACCCCCCCCUGCCCCGACGCCGCAUGCGAUAGACCCCGAGGAGGCGUGCGACCCCUUACCCCGGGAUGGAUUUCAGACGAAAACGCCGCCACUGCAGACGGCACCAGCAACGACAACACCGACAAGAGAGAACGUAACGGUGGCGACGGCGGCGGCGGCGGCGGCAACAACUUCGGUAACCUUCCAGGGAAGGAAGGCGGCGGAGGCGGCAGAAGCGCGGGAGAAGGUUGCGGGGCUGGACCCCACGUCGCCAGCAAGCGCCAGGGCCGGAGCCGCCCGGUGUGCGAGCAACCGGUUCUGGGAUCGUCGCCCGUGACCAACGGCGCCAAGGCCGAGGAAAAGAUGAAGGCCUGUGUGCGCAGCCGAUGGCGACACAUGCUAUCCGCAUUCCGCCGCCUGGAUCCGCUCCGAACCGGUGCGGUGACGUCGGAUGAGUUCCGACAGGUGCUGACCGCUAACAAAGCGAUGCAGUCUCUCCAGAAGGGAGACCUCGCCGCCCUCGCCGCUAAGCACGCGAUCGCAAGGGGUCGCGUGGACUACCCACGGUUCAUGAGGCACCUCCUGCUAGGCAACGGACCGGCAGGGGAUCGACCGGCGGGAGGAGUUGGACGAGAUAAUGAUGAAGACGGGGGGGGGCGCGGCAGCUCGCCCAGACAUCGGUCAGCAACGUCGGCGAAGGCAACGAGACCCGGCCUGAAAGUCAGCAUGUCAACAGGAGCGUUGCCGGCGCCGGGUGCGAUUUCUUCUCCUUCGCCCCGCCGAGACCGCUUGCAUCAGCUACGCCCGCUGGACAGGCAGGCUGCCCGCCACGGAAGCGGAGGCGGCGGUAGCGGCGGCGGCAAUGAGCUUCGCGAUCGCGCGAUCGCCAUCUGUCGGGAGCUCCAGCCACACAUCGUCUCAGUGUGGAAACCCCUGUGGAAGGACUUCAAGGCCGCGGACGAGUCCUCCACCGCCAAGAAGGCUACCGGAAGCAGGAGACACGCCCAGGGCGCUUGCGGCGGCGGCGGCGCGGGGGGCGCCAGCAGCAGAUACCGGCUGCCGCGGGACGGCUCCUACCGCGGCGUCUGCAUGGGAGACGUGGAGGCGCACGUGUUUCGGGCGGUCCUUGCAAGGUGGGCAAUGUCCUAG